AUCAGGGCAGGCAGGUGCGAUCUAAGACAGCCCAUGACCUGAAAAGCUGAUGGCUGGAUACUCUGAGGCCAAACCAGCCAAAGUGCUUGCUGCCAACGACUUUGUCGUAGGUGAGAAUGUCGAGGUUUGGAGCAAUAGCCGCAACAAGUGGCUGCCAGCCGUUGUCCAUGGCGUUUAUCUACAGGCCACAACAACUGAGGGCUUUGACGUGCCGCCGGGUUCUGUGAAAGUCUUGUCAGAAGCUGGCGUCAAGUGGGUGCUUGCCGAUAGUGUGGCCGUUGUGCUGCGAAAAGUCGCUCUGGAGGAAAGUUUUCCAAGCAAGGAAGCCAAAGGUGCUCCCGGUCCUUCAGCGCGACUUUGUAAGAACAAUUGCGGCAGGGCUGUCCAACCCGGCCUGACGAGAGGUCUCAAGCCUUAUGACACUUGCUGCAAGCGGUGCGCGCAGAGUCCUGGCAGCAACGAACACGAUGAGAACUGCGGAGGCCGGCAUCCAGACAGGAGUCCCAGCGUCCCCAGUUUAGAUUUGCAGCAAAGUUUGCGGAGCGAACUGGAGGCUAUGUUGAAAGAGCCAGCCGCAUUGGAAGAGAUCGUGAAAGGGGCUUUUGCUCGAUCAGGUAAGCCUAUAGAGAGGCUAAGCUGGGAGGAGUUGCGAGAACCCUUGGAGGCGUUGUUGCAGCCCUUCGGGGUUCAUUUGGGGGUAAAGGAUCGGUUCUUGGAGCACUUGUGCCAAACUCAUGGGCAAGAUGAGGAUGGGUUGAUGGACAGAAAAGGCAUUCUUGUGCUUUGCAAGACAGUGCUGCAGGACAGAUAUCGCUCGUGGUUUCCAGAGAUUCUCCCUGUGUCAACAGCAAAUUUUGUGAAGCAAAAUCGGAGACCUUUGGAAGAGCUUUACACUAUGGGCAAGAAGCUUGGCGAAGGCAGCUUUGGCACGGUCUAUGAAGUGGAUCACAAGCUCUCCGGCGAGCGUCGAGUUUGCAAAAAGAUUUGGAAGACGAAGUCAGACAUGACAAGUCAACAGAUCUUGCAAGAAAUUGGAAACAUGGCAAUGCUGGACCAUCCUAAUGUUAUCAAAGUCUUUGAAUACUUUGAUGAACCGAACUUUGUGAGCCAGAUCAUGGAACCAUGUUAUGGUGGAGAGCUGCAAGACAAGGUGAAUGUGCUGAGGAAAACAGGGAAGGCCCCGUAUGAUGAAGCCUUCGUGUGUGAUGUCAUGAAGCAAACUCUCCGGGCAUUGGCUUUCAUGCACAAGAAGCCCUUCUUACACAAGGACUUGAAGCCACAGAACAUCAUGUUGGUAGACCAGGAUAGCUCCUCAAUCAAAGUCAUUGACUUUGGCCUGGCCGAGCUUUUCAAUCCUCAGCAGAAGUUCGCAAAUUUCAUUGGCGGUACCCGGCUGUACAUGGCACCAGAGGUCUUUCGGCAACAGAUGACGAUCAAGACCGACAUUUGGAGCGCUGGCGUGAUCCUUUACAACUUGAUGACGGGUGACUUCCCCUUCCUUGCUCAGUGGCCUCCACCAAAAGGCAAAGAUGAAGCUUGGUGGGAAGAGCAGACGAUUCUGAAGAUCAAGAAUGAACAGCCAGUGAGGAACCCUUCGCUCAACAAGUGGUCAGCGCAAUGCAAUGACCUCCUACUUCGAAUGCUCGACAAAGAUGAUGCCUUACGCCCAGAUGCCACGCAAUGUUUGGAGCAUCCCUGGUUCAGUGGCUACAGCGAGAUCCCGCCGACCCUGUCCGUGGGAGUGUUGCAGUGCGUGGAAUCCUAUGCGCGCAUGUCAGAGUUGCGCAAGGUCACUGUUUUUUGCAAGUGUCUUCCCCGGGGAUCAACAUCAAGGGCCACAGGGUCCCAAGGCGGCAGGCCGGUGGCGGGUCCCGAUUCUUCGGUUUUCCAGGGCAUUUUCCUCCUUUUGGCGCACCAAUACGAAGUACAGAAGAGCGCUCUUGUUGAGCUCCGAGCGCUCUUUACGCAUUUCGACGUGCGCAACCAAGGCUGCUUGAGUACCCAAGACCUGAAGGGCGUUCUCGUGAAGAGUGGCAUGGGAGGUGUGGCCGCUGAACGAGUGUGCCAUGCAUUGGACCGUCGAAGAGAUGGCCAGAUCACCUGGACCGAGUUCACGGCUGCGGCAAUGUGGUACGUAGUCUGUCGCAACAACAAGGCGAUUGAUGCCGCCUUUGCUACCUUCGAUUCCGACCAGGACGGGCGUGUGACCGCCAAAGAUUUGCAGAUGGUUUUGGCAGACGUCCGAGGCCAAGAAGCUUGGCGGAAGCAAAUGCCUCAUAUGUUUGAGGAGAUGGAAAAGCAAGAGAUUUCAUCUUUGCGAAGGACAGCUCGCGACACUGUGCGUGGAUUUGUGCAGCUGUUCAAGAAGGAGGCCACAAAGUAUGCCAACCUGGAUCAGUUCCGCCAGUACUUGCAGCAAAACAUGGAUUUUAGAGCAGGAGAUGCCUUGUACGCAGUUACGUAA